UGUACAGUUACAAAGGAGCUCUCCUCUCUCCCUCUCUCUCUCUCUCUCUUCACUGCGGUUUCUUCUCGGCUACUUCAGCUCGGGCUCCCAGUGACUCGUUGAUCGGAGCUGCGAAGAAUCUCGAGGAAAUGGAGGCUCCGACGAGGUAACUUCAUAUAUCUAAAGUGGCUACUGAUUAAACAACACAGUCAUUAUGCCUUGGGAUAUGAACUAGAAACAUGUACCAUGAAGAAGGAGAAGGAUCUCGUUGUAUGGUUUUAGCUUCAAUUUAGAAGAUUAUCAAGCAAAAGAUGAAUUUGGAAAAUCAAACAAUUGAACCUGUGACCGAGUUAGGACUUGCUUUGGACUAUUCGAGUCAAUGCAAUCAGAGAAUAUCGAACAAUGAUCCAAGUGCAGGUGCAAAUGCAGGAUCAAGUGGGUGCAUGACAUUUGUGGCGCCAAAUCCCUUAUCUGAGCUGGUUUGGUCUCCACACAGCGGAUUAAGUCUUAAAUGUGCUGACUGCGGCUUCAUAGAAAGGAAACCCUCUCCCAUUUUGGGUGCAGGGUCGAAAUAUGCAUCAGAAAAGGUUGAUCCCAUGGUCGAUGUGAAUGCCGAGGCUGAUGCGCCUUUCUCACAUAGAAAUCUUGAAAUUAGAGGCUCAAGAUAUGGGGAGCCAGAGGAUUGUUGUGGUUUAGUUGGGCAAAGGCUGGAAAUAACAACAAGCAAGGGAAAUGCCUUUUCUAAUGUCCCGGGUCAGGUUAGUGGUAAAAAUGGAGAUCCUCCACAUAAUGAAGUUUCCCACGGAGAUCCUGCCUCUGGAGGACAAGAUGUCACGAUGAACUAUGAGCAAUUGGCAAUGGGAGUUACAAUGGUGUCAGAAGUUCUCCCACUGAAUGAACAGACAGCUUCCACUACUCCGGCUUUCUCUCCAUGCGGAGAGGAUGACAAACUAGCUUCAUUUUUAAGAGAGGAAAGCAAGAAAACCAGUAAUCCAAUUCUUCCGUUAAUGGACAAACUAGAAUCAACAGCUGAGAAUGACAUAAGAACUCUUAACAGUGAAAACAUCUGCCAUGUAACAGCUGAUUCCGUAGCCUCAGGAUCUUCGUCCGAAGUCAAAAGCAUCUCCAUGCCGGAUCCUGAUAUCCAACACAAAGGAAAACUUGUUUCUAGCAACAGAAGAAUCCAUGGAAGUCGUAACAAAGGUAAAGAAAAGGCAUUAUCUGAUGGAGAUGCUAGUGGACGAUUGAUAAAAGAGGAUGACAACAGCCAUGAGAGUGUUGAAAGCUGUAACAGCACGGGCUUUUUUUCAGUUGGAAGGAAGAGAGGGAGCAUUGAAGCACAUAUGAUUGGUGAAAAUAAACAGGCUAGGUAUGUUCAAAACCAAACUGCUUCAAGCUCUUUUGCUGGACAAGAAAGCUCCUUCAUGAAUUGGAUAUCAAACAUGGUGAAGGGCCUGCCAAAAACAAAUCAAGACGUGGCAGGCUCUCUCUCACUUGCUCUCACUGGUCCUAGUUCUGGAAAUGAGCAUCUGGAUCGUUCAUUUGUAGCUGGUGGCCAAAACCUGCAUGCUCAUGGUGGGAAUAUGGGUUUUAAGUCCAUUUUUCAAUCAAUCUACUGUUCGAAUAAAAGUGCUCAAGAAUCGAGAACACUUCUGCUUCCUAGUCAAGUGGGAGAGGGAUCUACAAAAAUUGAGCUGCCUAACAAGAUAUGUGCUAAAGAUGUGCAUCCAUUAGCAUGUCUAGCAGAGAAUGACAACCCAAGCAAGAAGCUGCUGCUGCAAUGCAGAAUGUUCGACGAAUCUACUCCUGAAAUUGGAGCUGGUGGUCAAAAUAUUACUCAAGUUUUAGAUGCAAGAUUUACUGUCUCUCAGGAGAAUUGUGAAAAUCACUCCACAAAGCGUAAGAGUCUCGACAACUUGGAUAACGGAAGUAAUAAGAACUCAAAAAAUUCAUCGAACUUUUCUUUGGGGGAACAAAACUCAAAAAAAGCUGGUGAGGAUCAUUCUUCUUCUCCAGAAGAGAAGAUUAGUAAUCUUGGCUGCAGAAAUGAUUCUCUAGGAAGCUUGUGGAUCUCUCGUUUUGCAUCAAGGACCUCUUGCUCUAUACAAAAGCAGGAUAUCUGUGUCCAUAGUAUGGGUGGAACAGUUGAGGAUUCAGGGAAUUUCAUUAGAAUUACGGCUCAGUCUAAUCAAUCUUUUGGCUGUCACCCAGAUCCGACAAAUAUAGAGGUCAAGGAUUGUACCAGUGAAGAACCAUCUAAUGGUGUUGGAAAAGAACCACAAGACUGCGCUGCUGGUAUUGAAGCUUCCUUUGGUUUCAGAAAGCUCCAGAAUAGUCAUGAUCACCAUAUGAUGCACAAAGUGAACCGUCUUUCGUCUUCUCAGAGACUUAAAAGUUCCGAGGAAAUGGCUUCAUUGUUUGCUCGAAGAUUGGAUGCCCUUAAGCACAUUAUCCCGCCAAAUCCACUAGAUGUGGGUGCUGGGUGUAGCGCAACUUGUCUCUUUUGUGGAACAAAAGGUCAUGGUCUCCAAAAAUGCUCAGAGAUAGCAGAAGCUGAGCUGGAAGACGUCUUAAUGAAUGCCAAAUCAUAUCAAGUAGUGGAGGAAAUGCCUCCUCUAUGCAUUAGAUGUUAUCAGCUCAAUCAUUGGGCUGUUACAUGUCCAAAUGUCGUUGCAAAAUCGAUUCCACCUCAGGAUUGUACUUAUGUCAUUAAUCACCGCUGUUCUGAUAUAGCACAGCUUCAGUAUAAACAUAUGCACCAAAAGAGUAACCUUGUAGAUCGUUGUAAUGGAAACUUGAAAUUGAAGGAAGUAUCAAGCUCUGACAAAGAUAUUCCUAACCCAAACUGGAUUAGGAAAUGCAGUGCUUUGAGCCCCAUUCAAAGUAGGCUGAAAGAGAAUGCAAUCACAACAACAGGAAAUUUCGAGGAACGGCAUAUAUCAGAUGUGCCUAAAGCAAUCUUUGACUCGGUAAAGAUGCUUCAACUGUCUCGGACCAGUAUCCUCAAUCCUUUAAAUUUUAGGUGGAUGAGUGCGCGGACAUCCCCAGUGCACCUUGAUGGAUUCUUUCUGCGCUUGCGUCUUGGAAAGUGGGAAGAAGGACUUGGAGGAACUGGUUAUUAUGUAGCUUGCAUAACUGGAAUGCAAAGAGAAAAGACAUCCGGUAGAAAUCCUAUCUCUGUUAACAUUGGUGGAGUCAAAUAUCUCGUCGAGAGUCGAUACAUCUCCAACCACGAUUUUCUUGAGGAUGAGUUAAUGGCCUGGUUGUGUAUGACGUCCCGAGCUGGCGGCAAGAUUCCAACUGAGGAAGAUCUGAGGAUGAAAGUGGAGGAAAAGAAGAGGCUAGGGUUCUGACACGCUCGUGCCAUCUCGGGAGCCAUCUGAGUUUCACCAAAUGAGAUUUAAAGACGGGUGAUGUGAAGUCCAAGUCCGACUUGUAUACAGAAUUUUGAUGUUGCUUAGUUGCUCAAAGAGCUUUGUGCAUUCAUCCUAAAAAAGAAUCACUCCUCAUGUAUUAUUGGACCCUCA